AUGGCCAUUCAGAGACCGUUCCCCUACGACAGGCCUGGACGCGACCGCAGAUACAACAGCAUGGGCCGAGGAGUCUCCUUUGAGAAAAUGAGACCUUCCUGUCAACAUACUUGUGCACGAUGGUCGUUAUGGAGACGGUGGCAACAUUGUGUGCACAUGAGAGGCCUUCCGUACAGAGCCACUGAGACUGACAGAUACAAUUUCUUCUCUCCACUGAACCCAGUGCAUGUUCAUCUGGAGAUCGGUCCUGAUGGAAGAGUAACAGACGAGAUGGAUGUAGAGUUUGCUACAUAUGAGGAUGCUGUGGCUGCCAUGUUGAAGGACAAAGCCAAUAUGCGUAAGUGUUACAUGGAGCUGUUCCUAAACUCUACGACAGGGGGCGGAAGUGGGGGAUAUGGUAGUCAAAAGAUGGGCAGUAUGGGAAACCAGUCAUCACAUGGACACAGCAGUCCACAGAUGGGCUCUGGCUACAGCGGGGGUGAUGGUAACCAGAGUGGCAUGGGGGGCUACAGUGACUACAUUGACUGUCAGCUCUACCGUAGCUCUGCUAGGCAGUUCCCUGCCAAAUCCUAUCACCCUUGGACCCCUAGGUGUUGCUAUUCUUCAUGCCUGAUUUAAAAGCCUUUUGUGUUAUC